AAUAUUGCUUCUGCUGUGACGCUUGUAAAUCAGUAAAGUCUUUGUCGGAGUAGCUUUUGUAUGGUGAAGACGUGAAGUGCUAGUAUCGAAAUAGGAUUUGAAGUUUCAUUCCGUUUUUAGUUUUGUGUACAUAAAAAAAAUUACGAUACAUUAAGCUGUAUAUUGAUAGGAGGAAUAGUAGCCGAAGUAAUAAUGGAUGAAGAAGUAAUUGAUGCAGUUGUUGAUAAGGUAGAUGAAACAGAGACGGUUAAAGUUGAAACAAAACUGCCCUUCUCAAUAGAUAGCUUACUGGCAGAUAAGUUUGAGAGGAAAGAAUUUGAAUGUCGUUCGGAUGAGGAUGAUAGAAGCAGUGUUUCAGAGCAGUUAGAUGUGGAGACUUCUUGUGAUGUUGCAGAAGGGAGCAGUGAUUUUCAUCAAUCAGGAUGCAGUUCAAGAGGGAAACGCGCAAGAACAGCAUUUAGUGCACAACAAAUUAAAAGCUUAGAGGCUGAGUUUGAGAAGAAUAGAUAUCUGAGUGUUGCUGCCAGAGGGCGCUUAGCUAGGCAGUUGAGGUUAACAGAAACCCAGAUUAAAAUUUGGUUUCAAAACCGACGAACGAAAUGGAAGCGAAAAUACACAAACGACGUAGAAAUCCUGGCACAACAGUAUUACAACAGUCUUGGUAUUGUUACACCAAGGCCAAUGUUUGUGGGUGAUAGAUUAUGGAUUUUCAAUUACCCAAACAGAUUACCACAAUGGAAAGUUUCAAAUAUAAAUGCACAUGGCCAUUUGAUAGAUAGAAAUAUCUUUCGCAACUCAAAACCAGAGUACACAGUUCCGCCUAAUGAAAGAUUUUUGAAUUUAGAACGCAGCCUAAAAGUUCCUCCGCCAAAUCGUCUCGUAAUGCCAAAUUUUUCAAACAUGGCGGCAUCGCGUUUAGAUGUCUAUAGAAAUGGUAUUCUAAAUCAAAAUGGGCAAGAAUCAAAUGUGGAUCAUUUAAGAAGAUUGGAGGAGAAUUUUAGUAUUUAAUAACUGAUAAUAAUAUGUUAGUCUAUGUUUAAGUUUA